UCCUACGAGGGAAAAGGAAGUCAACCCCAAACUCUAGCACAAAGAAGUCUGAGUUAGCCGACGAAUAGCUCGCUAACCAAGUUACUAUCCGAAAAGAAAGCAAAUCUUAUCGUAUGUCCGCUAUUCAGAACCUCCAAACUUUUGACCCCUUUGCUGAUGCAACUAAGGGUGAUGACCGCAUAGAGGACUCCAUCCACAUAAGAAUUCAACAGCGGAACGGCAGAAAGACCCUCACAACUGUCCAGGGCAUCGCCGCAGACUAUGAUAAGAAAAAGCUAGUCAAAGCCUUCAAAAAGAAGUUUGCCUGCAAUGUGACAGUGAUCGAGCACCCAGAGUAUGGUGAAGUGAUCCAACUGCAGGGAGACCAGCGCAAGAAUAUCUGCCAGUUCCUUGUUGAGAUUGACUUGGCAAAGGAAGAGCAGCUCAAAGUCCACGGCUUCUAGAGACGAGCGGCAGCCCCUGCACCUGGAAGACUUUCUUCUUCUACGGGGGAAAAGG